AUGGGAUCUCAGUCAUCCAAGGGAGAGGUGGCCGUGGAGGCGAACGCCGCUGCCGCUGAUGCUGCGGCUGUCAAAACUAACGGACAGGAGAAUGGGCAUGUGAAGACCAAUGGGGAUGUCUCUACUAAGCCCGACGGGGAUGCCGCCGCCACCAACGGCUCGGCCGAGGCAGCCAAGGAGCCUGAAGCAAGUGCGGAGGGCGACGCAAUCGAGCCUGCGCCCGCCGCAGACGGCGAAGCAGCCAAACCCGAAGGAGAGGCUGCCGCUGCCUCCGCCGAGGCUGCGACUAAGGAGACACCCAAGAAGAAGAAGAAGAAGUUCUCCCUAAAGAAGUCCUUCAACUUCAAGUUGAACCUUAAGAAGAGCAAGAAGAGCGAAGCGGCCAAGGAGGAGCCAGCAGCUGCCACUGCCGCCGCAGCCUCCUCCCCUGAGGAGAAACCCGCUGAAAAUGGAGCCACCGCAGAGGAGAAGAAGGAGGAGGUGAAGGAGGAGGCCCAGGCUGAAGCCCCGAAAGCUGAGGAGGGGGCAGCCAAAGAGGACGCCCCCAAGGAGGAGGCCAAGGAGGCAGCUGCUCCAGCCCCUGAGGCUUCGAAACCCACAGAGGAGAGCAGCUCGACCCCCGCCCCCUCUGAAAAGAAGGAGUGA